AUGAAGGACGGGGCUGCUGCUCCUGGAGAAGACAUGGAUGUCAGGAGCCUGGAACCUUCUGGUGAAACAGGUUCACCAGAAGCCAUUCUGGGCCUCCUAGUGCUGGACCUAGUGCUGGAUCCACACACCUGCAAUGCCUCCUUGGAGACUUCCUGGACCCCACUGCUCCCAGUGGCUGAAUGUUUCCUGAAGAACACCGGCUUUGCCCUUGAAACAGCUCCUCUCUCAGCUUUUUUUCGGCUGGCAGACUGCACCAAAAUGCAGUACGAGGACCCUCGGGCGGAGGUUAUUUACCGAGGAGGAGCUUCCCCAGACCUUGCGAAUGCACAUGUGCUUGGGCCAGAAACAGAAACCUGGCAAGGCAGGAUUGUUUACAACCAGAGUCAAAAGGAUAUCCUCCAAGAAUGGUUUAAACAAAACCCAUACCCUGAUAAAGCUACCAGAAAACAAUGGGCCAAGGAAAUUGGCAUUCCAGAGUCUGAAAUUCAGAUUUGGUUUAAAAACCAUAGAGCGAAACAGAGACGAUUGGAAUUUGGAUGCUCCUUUGGAAAAAACAAAACCCAAGGACAACACCAGUAUCAGCCUUGGACUCAAGAAUACUUACCAAAAGCAGCCAGACAAGACUGGACACCCAUCACAAGGUCUCAAUCGCACACCCUAGUUCAGGCCUUCGAGAGGAACCAUUUCCCUGAUAUUACAACCAGGAAAAAACUGGCUAAAAAAAUGGGCAUUCAGGAACCAAGAAUUCAAGUGUGGUUUCAGAACCAAAGAUCCCUAUACCCAGGGCAGAGCAGAAGUGAGUCGAUGAAUUCCUUGGCAGAUGGCCCAAAUGGAAGACCAGGUCUGACAGCUCAGCAGCACCAAAUUAAUCAAUCCACUCUCCUGGGCAGGUCUCAUCAUUUUUCUUCCUCCAAUUCUUUCAGCAGGAACCAAACAUUUCUACCUGCUUCUCUCCCAUCCCAUGAAUCCUCUGUCCCUUGUCUGAGCCAAAGACCAAGUGUCAUGAUGGUGCAGCCCACACAGGCUAUACAGAGAGAAAAUUCUGUCUCUACUCUGAGCCUUAGGAAUUACCUGCCAAUGCCCUCGACUUUGGGAGGAGACCUCUCAGAUACUCAGACUCUUUUCUGGUCCCCAAACCAAGAAAAAUGCCAGAAUCACAAAGAACAGAGUGGGAUAGGAAUCUUGCAGUUGAAGGACUAUUCUCAGCCUCAUCCUGAGGACCAAAAACACCAGCUGCAGGACCUGGAGCAGGUGGACAUAUCUUACAUUCUGCAACGGUGGGAUAAUGUGUGCCAGCUGAUUGCAAAAUGGGAUCCUGGAGAAGGGACACACUGA